AGGAUCUUAAAAAAGACUGUUGUAAAGAUCAGUUUAUUAAAUUCCGACAGUGUUUGGUAGCUAAUGCAACUAAAAUCCAUAUUAAAAUUUAGAAUCAACUUAGUUAUAAGAUAAAAUUGUUUAGUUUAUUAUCAUAAUGCAUUUUUUAUGGCAUGUAGGUUUUGGUUUUUUAGUUAGAGUUAUUUUAAUCAUUUUUGCACAAUGGUAUGAUACUGAUGAUAGUGGAAUUAAUUAUACAGACAUAGACUAUAAAGUUUUUACUGAUGCAGCUCAACAUAUGUGGCAUGGUGAAUCACCUUAUAUGAGGCCAACUUAUCGGUAUACCCCUCUUAUAGCUAUACUUUUAUUGCCAAAUGUUUUUUUACAUUAUUGUUGGGGAAAGUUAUUAUUUUCUAUAUUUGAUUUAGCAAUUGCUUACACAAUACAAAAAAUUGUAUCAAAGUCGCAUCCUAAAAGUAGUGAUUAUUGUGCAUUUCUAUGGUUGUACAAUCCUUUAAGUAUUGUCAUAUCAACUCGUGGAAAUGCUGAUUCAAUAUCUUGUUUUAUUGUUCUUCUAACAUUGUUAAUACAUUUAAAGAAAAAAUAUCUACUAUCAGCAAUAUUUUUAGCUCUAUCUGUACAUAUAAGAAUUUAUCCUAUUCUAUUUUGUUUGUCAUAUUAUCUUUCAAUUGAUAUUAAAUUAAAAUCCACUUCUCUUUUCAAAAAAAAUUAUCGUGCUUUAUUUCCUACUAAAAAUAAAAUAACUUUUGUAAUGAUAUUCUGUGUAUCCACAAUUUCUAUUAACGGAUUUUGUUACUAUUUUUAUGGUCAAAAAUUUUUAGAUGAAUCAUAUUUAUAUCAUGUUAGUCGUUUGGAUGUGCGUCAUAACUUUUCUGUAUAUUUUUAUUUAAACUAUUUACUAUCAAGUUCAGAUAAUAUACCUCUUACACAUAGUAUCUUGACAAAGUUAUUUCCCCUUUUAUUGAUAUUGGUUGUAUCAUUUACUUUUUAUAAUGUUGAAGAUUUAGCUUUCUGUCAAUUUUGUUUAUGUUUCAUUAUGGUUACCUACAAUACUGUUGUAACAUCGCAGUAUUUUGUUUGGUUUGUAUCAUUUUUGCCUGUGUGUUACUUGAACAUAAAUAUUACAUUUAUUGAAGGUAUUAAAAUUUUAUUAAUAUGGAUAUUACCCCAAAUUGGAUGGCUAACUUGUGCAUACUUAUUAGAAUUUUUAGGUGUUAAUACUUUCAGUUUACUUUGGAUAGAAUCACUAAUGUUUUAUCUAAGUAACAUUGUAAUUUUAUCAUUUACCAUUGAAAGAUAUAAAUGUAAUGAAUUAAAAAAAAUUUUGUAAAAGUAUAAAUAUUUUAAUAAAGAAAUCGUGUUGAGUAAAACA